UGGGAACGUGGCUUCAUGUACGAGGGAGUGUUAGGGGGCGGUGACAACAACGGCUGCCCCUAGAAGUUCCUGUAUACUGCGUAGUUAAGAGUUUUAGGGUUAAAAUGCAAAAGAAAAAAUAAAUGGAAGAAAAAUGAAAAUAAAAGCGGGCGAACCCUACAGCAAAAAGAAGCGCGUUUCGAAAACAGGGUUGGCGCCAUCACACUCAUAAAAAAUUCGCAGUGAGGUGUAAACCCUCUGACUCUCCUCGGCCGUAGCUAGCGGUGGAGAUUGAACGACUGUAACAAGAUAAAAUAACCCAAAACUCAACGACAAUGGCGGAAGUAAUUUCAUUGAUGGACAUCGAUGAAGACGACAAUCACCAGAAACAAAACCACUCUCAUAAGCAAAACAAGGGCAAAAGCGACGUCGCAGCCACCGAUGCCAAAGCCACUCCCUGGGUCGAGAAGUACCGCCCUCAGUCCCUAGCCGACGUCGCUGCUCACCGCGACAUUGUUGACACCAUUGAUAGGCUUACGAGCGAGAACCGAUUGCCGCAUCUUCUGUUGUAUGGUCCUCCCGGAACAGGCAAAACUUCCACUAUACUGGCAGUGGCACGGAAGCUUUACGGAGCACAGUAUCAUAAUAUGAUUCUGGAGCUGAAUGCUUCAGAUGAUAGAGGAAUUGAUGUUGUUAGGCAACAGAUUCAAGAUUUUGCUAGCACUCAAAGCUUCUCAUUUGGUGCGAAGUCAUCAGUGAAGUUGAUUUUACUUGAUGAGGCAGAUGCGAUGACAAAGGAUGCACAAUUUGCCCUGCGUAGAGUUAUUGAGAAAUACACAAAGAAUGCUAGGUUUGCGCUGAUCUGCAAUCAUGUCAACAAGAUCAUUCCGGCACUACAGUCCAGAUGUACCCGGUUCCGAUUUGCACCUCUUGAUCCUAUUCACGUCUCUGAGCGACUUAAACAUGUUAUAGAAGCUGAAGGGCUUGAUGCACCUGAUAGUGGCUUGGCGGCACUUGUACGGCUUAGCAAUGGUGACAUGAGAAAGGCUUUAAACAUUUUGCAGUCAACACACAUGGCUUCUCAGCAGAUUACAGAAGAAGCUGUGUAUCUCUGUACUGGAAAUCCAUUGCCUAAAGACAUUGAGCAAAUAUCUUACUGGCUUCUGAAUGAAUCAUUUAUGGAGAGUUUCACACGAAUAUCUGAAAUGAAGACAAGGAAAGGAUUGGCCUUGAUCGAUAUUGUAAGGGAAGUGACAAUGUUUGUUUUUAAGAUUAAAAUGCCCUCAGAUGUUCGAGUUCAGUUAAUUAACGACUUGGCUGACAUAGAGUAUCGAAUGAGUUUUGGGUGCAAUGAUAAAUUACAGCUGGGAUCACUCAUUGCUACUUUCACACGAGCUAGAUCUGCACUUGUUGCGGCGGCGGCAAAGUAGCUGUUUGUUGAGGCUUGGUAUUUCUGCGGGGUACCAGCAUGUUCUUUUUGUAUGAUUUUGGCCUGACAAAUACCAAACGUUUGGGUUUUUGGUAUAAUCAAAUAUAGUAAGUAUUAGAUAAUAGUUGGCACUUGGCAAAAUGCCUUCUCCCACAUGUUCAUGAUGUGAUCCUAUUAAAGAAUACAAAUAGCCAAUGACUUUUGGAAA